UCAACGCAAUACCCCGCUGCUGCACUGUGUCUUUAAGACAUUCAACUGCAUGUGUAGCAAGCCUUCACUCAGCCAUUUACAAGCGCGAGCACUUCAGAGAGUAGACACUGAUAAAGCACCGCAAUAUAGAUGGAAUUGUAAUAAUGGAAUACCACUGGGUACUGUUUUCUGUCUUGUUGCAGUUAACCUUCCAAACAGGCAGCUCCAGGCCCACCAUCACCCCCAGCAACCCCUACCUGGUCAUUCCACUCAAUGCCCCCUUCAGUCUGCGUUGCCAGGGUGACCAGGUGAUGCGGUGGCAGAGGGAGGACCGUCCAAAGCUGAGGGGCGAGGUGCGGAGUAAUGGGGCGUCCGACCUGGAAAUCCCCAAAGCUCAGCCUGUCCACAUGGGCCGAUACAUCUGCCUGGAGGAGAGCAGCGGAGAGCAGAGCUCUGUCUACGUCUUUGUCAAAGAUCCUGAUAAUGCCUUUAGAAAGACUAUGGUGUUCAGUAUCCUAACUCGUGCGGGAGACAGCGCCUCCAUCCCCUGCCUAGCAACUGACCCGGGCGUGGUCAACCUGAGCCUGGAGCCGUGUCAUGGCGGUGCCCUCCCUACUGGCCUCCACUAUGUUGCCAGCCUGGAGCGGGGCAUGGUUAUCUUCGACACUAAGAAGGCCUUCGAGGGCUGUUAUAUCUGCACUGGCAGACUUGGCGGCGCCCACGUUAAAUCACAUCACUAUGAUCUGACUGUGCGCCCAGUCCCAGACGCCGCCCCUGUGAUUGAGAUGCGGGAACCCAAGAGGGUGAUCCUGACACGGGGCCAGACUCUUACCUUGACCUGCAGCACCACCAACGUCAACGGAGACAUCAAGCUGAAGUGGGCCGCACCGCCCGGCACGCAACCGGCGGUGGAGAACGCCUCACGCAUCCUGACUGAGCCCAUCAAACACGUCCGUAGCGCUAGGCUCUACAUCAACUCUGUCAGGGCACGGGAUUCUGGGAGAUAUCGAUGUGAGGGUCAGAAUGAGAAGGGGAUCAACUCUGAGUCAAUCUGGCUGGACGUCUAUGAUAGAGGAUUCAUUAAUCUGACUCCGUCAGACAACGGUACAGUGCAUGUUCGUGCUGGUGAGAGUCUGUCCCUGCAUGUGGACAUGGAAGCCUACCCCAAACCACACACCUUCACCUGGAGCUUCUCAGGCCAGCAGCUCAGGAACACCUCCGACCAUGUCAUCACCACACAGAACCACCAACACAGGUACAACAUUGUGCUGAGGCUGGUGCGUUUGAAAAUGUCAGAGAGUGGAGUCUACACUUAUGCCUCCAAUGGUGACGCAACAGUCAAUCAGUCGUUUUCGGUCUACGUAAUCAGUAAACCAGAGAUUGUAUCUCACGAGGGCCCGGUGGACGGACAGGUGCGAUGUGUAGCUAAGGGAUACCCCGCCCCACAGAUCACCUGGUACUACUGUGAACAGCCCUAUAUGAGGUGCUCCCACCAGAUGAACGCCACUCAGGAGGAGCAGGACAUUGUCACGGUGACAUUGUUGAGUCCCUCCUUUGGGAAGACGGAGGUGGAGAGCAGGCUGAACAUCACCACGGGAAGAUUCCACACGUUGGAGUGUGUGGCCACCGUGGAGGGAGAGCAGGCCUACACACUGUUCUCUAUCAGUGAGAGAACAGUGCCCCAUGAGCUCUUCACCCCUCUGCUGAUUGGCUUUGUGUCAGCAGCGGUCCUCCUCUGUGUCAUCCUCGUAGUGCUCUUCUACAAGUACCUGCAGAAACCCAAAUACCAGAUCCAGUGGAAAGUCAUUGAAGGUAUCCACGGAAACAACUAUGUGUAUAUUGACCCUACCCAGCUCCCAUACGACCACCAGUGGGAGUUCCCCCGGGACAAACUGCGUUUCGGGAAAACUCUGGGCUCCGGAGCCUUCGGGAAGGUGGUGGAGGCUACUGCUUAUGGAAUGUCCAAAGCUGAUACAGUGAUGACAGUGGCGGUCAAAAUGCUCAAACCCAGUGCCCAUGCCACUGAGAAGGAGGCGCUGAUGUCAGAGCUGAAAGUUCUCAGUUACCUUGGAAACCACAUGAACAUCGUCAACCUGCUUGGAGCCUGUACUGUUGGAGGCCCAACCCUGGUGAUCACAGAGUACUGCUGCUUUGGUGACCUCCUGAACUUUCUGAGAAGGAAGAGAGAGACGUUCUUUUGCUCCAAGCUAGGGGACGACUGCUACUACAGGAAUGUCAUGCUGCAGAGGGGAACAGCUACAGCUGGAGACAGCAGGAAUGGCUAUGUGGAUAUGAGGCCUUCUGUCACUGGCGUCCUGCCAAAUGGCUUCUCCUCAGAGGAGAGGCGCUCGAUGCGCAAAGCAGGUGGUUCCAGUAGUGAGCCAGAUGUUGUGAGUGAGAUGCUCCAUGAGGACGGUCUCUCUCUGGACACAGAGGAUCUGCUCAGCUUCUCCUAUCAAGUGGCCAAAGGCAUGGACUUCCUGGCUUCCAAAAAUNNNAUCCACAGAGACCUGGCAGCCAGGAACAUUCUCCUGACCCAGGGACGAGUGGCAAAGAUCUGUGACUUCGGCCUUGCUCGUGACAUCACCACUGACUCCAAUUAUGUAGUCAAAGGCAAUGCUCGUCUCCCAGUCAAGUGGAUGUCUCCGGAGAGCAUCUUUGAGUGUGUGUACACAUUUGAGAGUGACGUGUGGUCCUAUGGCAUCUUGCUCUGGGAAAUCUUCUCACUCGGAAGCAGUCCAUAUCCUGGGAUACCUGUGGACUCAAAGUUCUACAAAAUGAUUAAGGAAGGAUACAGAAUGGAUGCACCAGAGUUUGCACCGAGUGAAAUGUAUGAGAUAAUGAGGUCGUGCUGGGAAGCGGACCCCUUUAAGAGACCCUCCUUCAGCAAGGUGGUGGAGAGGAUCGAACAACAGCUGUCAGACACCACCAAACAUAUCUAUCUGAAUUUCAGCUCCAAGUUUCCGGUUACAAUGGGGCCCCAGGGUACCAAUGUGGACCAGGGGACACAGAACGCCAACGUCCUGCGUCUCAACUCGGUGGGCAGCAGCAAUGCCUCCACUCAGCCCCUAUUGGCCAGCGCCAGCGAUGACGUCUUCCUGGAGGAGAUGAGCACCAGGCUCAGGGUCCACCGGGUGUAAGGCCACACCCCCACGAUGGCUGCCACAUAAAGUGCCUGUUUAGUGCAGCCCAAACACCCCACCACACCUAUCCCAACCAUAUACUAUGUCUAGCUAUUAGCCACCCCCUUCCAACCGUAUGUCUAGCUAUUAGCUUCCCCCUUCAGACAGAGGCUUGAAGAAGGACUAGGUCCUCUCGAAACCUCCGCUCCUGGCGCCUUUAGUGCAUGGACGAGACCUGUCACCUACUGUCUCCAUAGUAUCUGGCCCUGUCUCUCACAAGCUUGGAUAUAGUCACACUGUCUUUACUCUCCAGGCCAUUGAGCUACUGUGUAUCACGUUUGUGCUGUUAGAAAUGGACACUGUAUUUUAUAGCUCCAUAGUAGUGCUAUUUUCUGUGGACUUUUCUCAAUGUUGCUUUCACCGUUUCUAAAUAUGUUUCAUACAGUGUUUAUGUUUGCUUCACAUUUCUGUUGUCAAUGUUAAACUGAAUUACUUUGUUUUUUGUUUUUGUUUUGAAUUACGUUUUAUCUCAAACUAAAUCAUAUAGCAUUUUCAAUGGUUGGAGUACAAUUGUUAUUUGAGGUGAAGGCACUUAAAUUUGAACAUCAUUCCAGAUGUAGACAUCAUGUAAUGACGCUUUCACCUUUUGUCUGUUCCACCUUCCACCUUUUAAAAAUUAAUGUCAGUAUUAUUCCACAUGUUCAGUUUUGGUGACUAUGUGAUGGAGAGACAUUUUGUCAGACAUUUCUAGGGCCAAUGGUUUAAAUGAUAUUCAGUAGGCUAAGUCUUAUCACUUGAUUAGAUUGAGAUGUUUUAAGUAUGGUACUAUGACUUCAGCUUUUAGUUGAUGUCCCUGUGUAUAUAUGUACAUAUUGACCUUGGGUAUGACUAGUAAUAAGUGUAUGAUGUGAGAGGUAGCAUUAGCUUAGAUUCCGCCUGGGAGGCUGCCUGCUGGAGAUUCCUUGUAAAUAUGUAAAUAUGUUUCUGGUGUCGGCACCUCUUCUGUCCUGUAGCGUAUGUGUGACCCUUGUUUACAUUUGUCAUCAGACAGGUACUGCUGUAUCACCGGGGUGUUUACUUAGUACAAAAACUGUCUCCAAAGAUGGGGAAGGCUGAAACAGUGCAUGGUUAUAAUGAGCAUACUGUACAAGGAAACAGGUGAUCACUAUUCAAGGUAUUAGCCAUUUGAUAUUUUCUACUCAUACAGAUUGUCAAAGAAGGCUUUCUGUUUUGAGGUGAAGCCAAUGAUGCUUGUUUCAAAUGCCAAUGUGGAGCUUGCAGUACAGACCAACAACCAUUAAGCUAACUGUUCUGAGAAAAAGCCAAUUUGAAAGUUAGAUGUUAGAGGUGUUUAGUCAGACCAGGUGGUGACAUGUCUUAUAGUUCCCAACAGUCCUGUGGAUAGUAGCGUCAGUGCUCCCGUCCCAGCAGUCAGUAGCUGAUUUCUCAGCCAUCCCUCUACUCUUUGUGUCCAGCUGCUUCCUCUGACGGAAGUGCUACUUCCACCAUCUCUCAACCAGGGCUCUGUAUCACUCCAGACUCCCAUCACUAGGACUUCCCUCUUCCCACACUGAGAUAUUGUUGUGAAGAGCACCUGGAAAAUGCUGUCUGAAUGGACUGAAAGUCGUGUGUGUGUGUGUGUGUGUGUGUGUGUGUGGUGUGUGUGUGUGUGUGGUGUGUG